GGAAUCACACCGUCAACCAUUCCGAGAUCGUGGCUCCCGCUAGACAAUUGGGAGUCGCGAGCCACCGCGGAAGGCUUUCUCUCUCAUCGCUCCAUUCGAGAGAGCCCAGAACAUCAAAUGUCAUCGCUGCUUUGGAACCAGCAGACCCCAUCGCCAUGACGUGUGAGACCGAAGCAUCAUGACGUCGGCCACCCCCGAGAGCAACUCGCCACAAGGCCAACCCCAAAGCGAAGGGGACUCGUCCAACCGCGAGAAGCGCAAAGGCCCCCGUCUCGCGCACCGCAAGUCCAAGACUGGCUGUCAGCGAUGUCGCGCCCGGCGAGUAAAGUGUGACGAAGCGCGACCUGUGUGUCGCGACUGCCAUCGUCAUGGGGUCCCCUGCGUCUAUGACAGGCCCGAUGACAGGCCCAGGGACGAAGGCGCGAUGCCACUCUCAACCUGGAUCCAAUCUCGCCCGCGCGAGCCCAGGCCAUCGGAUCCCAGUCAUGACGAACACAUGGAGCUGCGCUUGCUGCAUCACUUUACUCUAUUCACCAGCGCAACGUUGCCCGGGGCCCACCUCAAGCGUAUCAAAGACUGUUGGUCCAUCGACGUGCCCCGACUCGCAUUCACUUACAAGCCGCUCCUGCACUCCGUCUUCGCAAUCGCCGCCCUGCACUUGUCCAGAGCCAAUCCUGACGAAGCUGGCUUGCCGGACGUCCACUGCAUGUACCUCGAGCAGGCCUUGCGCGAACAUCGACUCUGCAUCGGCGGCAUGACUACGCAGACUGCGGACGCGGUGUGCUUUACGAGCAUCCUGUUACAGGUCGACGUAUUUGCCACCUUGCAAUAUCGUCCUGUUGCUUCGUACGAGCCGGUAAAUGAAUGGAUGUAUCUAGUGCGCGGGUCGGUACCCGUCUUUGAAGCGGCCUUGGAGAUUAUGAGGCGUGAUACCCAUCCCGCGAAUAUCUGGUACAUUAUUGACACCUUUCCCAUCUCUUUGCGGACGAAUCCUGAUGCUGGAUCGUUCUCCUUCCUGCUUCCGAGUGUGCCCGACGACGACGACGAGGAUGACGAGACGGCGCUACAAGCAUAUCGAGGGGCCGUCGCGCAUGUAAACGCCACCUGGCUGGCCAUGGAAGCAAAGGAACAUCCGCAAAUCAGCUGUCGCCGGCUCAUGGUCUUCCCCUUGCUCGUGACAACCGAGUUCAUUGACCUGCUCGAGAAGAGGAGGCCGCGCGCCAUGGUGGUUCUGGCCUACUUCCUCGCCUUGUUGGCACCAUUGAGCGACAUAUGGUGGAUCGGAGACACUGCACACAGAUAUAUUGUGGCUCUUCGACGAAUCCUUCCCGACCAGUGGGAACACCUCAUGUCCUGGCCUGUGGAAAUGACGACAUCUCGUUCCACACAGCAGACACACGGCCCUAUCCAACCAUCUCUAUGAUUCCCGCCCGCAGCAGCGCCUUCUCGAUCACAGGCAUUUUAAGUGGCGCCAGCUCUUUCGUCUGCUCAAACGUCUCGCUGGCCUCCCGCAAGUACGCCGCAAACGUUCCUGGUCUGAUAUCCGCGUCAUGGUUCUCCGGAUCGUCCCAUAUCUCAGCUAAAUACUCCCGGCCUGCAGUAACAAGGCCAUGCGACACCUUCAUUGUCGAGGACAUGCUCAGCACACCCUGGACAAGUGCCUCAGCCUCUUUAGCCCGUUCAUUGUCCGAGCCGUUCCCCCCGCGUGGCAGGUUCAACAACUCAUACUGAUUCCUCCCGUUCCAGUCCGUCAAUCUCUGCGCCCAGUACGCUUCUGUCACACAAUCAAAGAGCAAGACCUUCUCUUCAAAGAACUUUGGUCCGUCCCAUGUCGUUUUGGGAUCAACCAGAUGCCUGAGCCGUUCAAGACAAAAGACCUGGGCAAGGUAAUCUGCAAACUGCGCAUACAUGAACGGUGGGCGCUUUCCGUUCAACGAGGGUGGUUCAUAGACUGGUAGAUGCGCCAGCAGCGGGUGUGAAUGCAUCCCCACGCAGCUCGUUGGUCCAUCCCACAGCGUGCGAAAAAUCUCAUGCCAAUACUUGAUGCAGAGACUUCCCCGCCGCGCCGCAAUGAACCCGUUGAACAGGAAGGAGAGCUCGGGGCCCAUGGAAACUCUAAACGCCGCCACCUCGUACGGCGUCUCGGGAUCUUCCAGGGCGUUCCAACACAGGGCGUCCAACGACCGGAACAGAAGCAUCCCGACGUCGAGCCACACUCCGCCAUAGAGGUAGAGCAGCGGCAGGCGGAUAAGGUCGGAGCUAUGCUGUCCUACAUGAGGGCCCGUCAUUGUUCGAUUCCAGAAGACGUCUGGGAGCAGUUCGCGUGGAAUAUACUGGGACACAUGGUUGGGGGAGCCCUCGACGAGGUCCAAGACUCGGACUGUCCACGUGGGGCCGAGCCGUCGAACCCAGCUCAUGACAUUGCGCUGGUUCCAUUCGGGGCUGUUGGACAGGCCUUUGUCCCAGAAGGCCCAGACGUUGCGGGUGUGUGAAUCUGUGACGGGCUUGUACGUUUGGAGGUCGGAUAGGAUAUCGGCGUCAGUGAAGCGGUUACUCUUUUCUUUGGUUGGAGUGGCCAUCUUGUCUGCAAUGUGCUUCAUUAGAGGGAAUGAUGUUUUUAGUUUACGCAGCAUGCACAUACGCAGGAGAGUUAUACCCUCUAAAUACACCAUCGCCCGACAGAGGAGUCGGAGAUAUGUCUGUUGUC